AAUUCUACUUCCUCAAAAUGGCUGCAACCAUGUUAGCCAAAAAAUUGAUUUUGUUUUCAUGAACAUUACUUAUUUUGGCAUAUUGAAAAGUCAAUUUCAAGAUAAGAAGUGCCAGGGUCAUGCAAAAUUCUUUGCUUAGCAGUACGGCAACAUCAUGAUGCGUAUGUCAUUCGAAUUUGUGGAUACAUUUAAGGACUUCAUUUUCCGAGGAUGGAAUGCAUCGACUCUUGGAGUUUUUAUUGGGUCCUGUAUUGGAAUAUGCUUCCUCGCUAUUCUCUUGGAUGCAAUAACAGUCUUCAAAGAAUACUUGCAUAAACAAGCCAAUCUGAACCCCCUCACCUAUGCCAAGACAGAUUCGAACAUUUAUGGACGAUCUCCUUUACUCGCACCACUCAUUAUACCACCAAGCUUACGGCACAUCAAGCGCAGAAAGUUUUACUACCACUGCACAGCAUCACUGGUGUACAUGAUCCGGGUAAUACUAGCCUACGUUGUAAUGUUAGCUGUUAUGACUUACAAUGCUUGGGUUGGUAUUGCAGUGGUUUUAGGGUCAGCAGUUGGCUAUUUCAUUUUCUAUGGUCUGAAACUUCAAUAUAUUGACCAACUAGGGGCAGAUGAGGACAAGGACUCUGCAUUGUCUCAAACAAUUGAAGGAUCAGAGAUACAAUGUCAAAUGUCGUCUGCCUCAGCGCCAACCCUAGAGAUAUAAAAUAUCCAAAUGACAACUGAGAUUAUAUGAAAAUCAGGUGCUAAUAGACUGUGUAUACGGGAGGACGAGUUGUGUUUGGGUUGCAAGUUUGAAGCAUUUAUUCCAUGACUAAAUGUAUAAGGAAGGUGUUUUAAUUUGUGCAGUAAAAUGUGAUAAUUCUUCAUCCGGUGAGCUUAUGAUAAUUUCUCAAUAUGAAGUAUGUGUGUGGAUUCUAUCAUGGGCAUGUGAUUAAUAUAUAUUUUAUUAAAUGAUUUAUCAAGAUGAA